UCCCUUUGACGAUCUAACGCGAAAUGUCCAUCUACGAUAGCCGAUAUUAUUACCUCAAUAAAUUCACCCUGUCCGUUAUCGGCCAGUGGCCGUAUCAGACGCGACUGGAGGGUAAUACGAUGUUCGGCAUCACGUUGUUCUCGUUUUGCAGUUUGACGGGCUUAGAGACUUUGGGCUUGAUAAAGGGAAUAACGAACAUAAGCAUUUUCAUGGAGAACAUGUCCCCUUUGCUGGUAAACAGCUUCCUUUUCGGGAAGUUGAUCAACUUUUACUUUCAAAAAAGCAAAAUAAGAGAACUUCUGAAUUACAUUGAGGAGCACUGGAAGAUGAUGUCAUCCGGCCCGCAGAAUGAAAUAUUACGGAGCUACGCGGAGCAAAGCAAAGUAUGGUUCAUAAGAUACGCGAUGGCUAUGUAUCUAAUGGGGCACUUAUAUUGCUUAAUGCCUUACGUCAUAAGCGGUAUAUACUCGUUUCUGCCGAACGUGACCUACUCGGCCAGAUUUAUAUAUCGUCUGGAGCAUGUUUUCGACGUUGAAAAAUAUUUCCAUUUGCUCGUGUUUCACCUCUACAUUAGCUUGAUGUUUAUGUUGACGGUGACAGUAGCGAUUGACAGCAUGUUCUUAAUGUGCAUUCAGCAUGUUUGCGCGCUGUUUGACAUCAUACGCUAUAACAUUGAACAUAUACAAAACACGGAGGUCAUAAUACUUAAGCCAAAUGUACUGUACGACGAACCAUACCAUGUAAUAAUCGAUUGCAUCAAAAUCUACAAUAGGGCCUACGAAUUCUCCGAACUCCUAUCGUCCAGUUUCGAAAUAUCUUACUUCUUUAUGCUAGGAAACACAAUCAUAUGUUUGAGCUUUAGUAUGGCUGAGUUGAUAAUGGUGGAUGUCCAGUUGGAUGAGAUCAUCAGAAUCAUUGCUGCCAAUGUGGCUCAGUUAAUGCAUAUAUAUUACUUGAGUUUCAUAUCUCAACGACUGAUAGACUACAGUAGCAAGCUUCACGAAGUAAUUUAUAGCUGCAACUGGUAUACGACCUCAAAGCAAUCUAGACAGUUGUUACUAUUUACAUUAUUGCGUUUUAUAAAACCGUGCCAAAUAAAAGCAGGCAAGAUAUAUGUGUUGUCGAUGGAGAACUUCAGCUCGAUUAUACAAGUUUCCUUGUCUUACUUCACCAUGCUUACUUCACUCCAGUAGUUUCUUACGCAACUCAGGAUCAUGCAAAAAGUUUGUUUAAUUAAAAGCUUGGGUGUAUGGAUAAAAUGUUCGAAUAUAGUGAUGACCAACCUAUUUAUUUGAUACGUUAAUUUAAACACUUGUUUCUUGCUCCCUAGUACGGAAAAAAUGUACCUUCACGUAAUAACAAGAUAAUAUAAAAAAUUUUUCAAUUUUUACAUUCCUUUCAUAUCUAUUUCGGUUACAUUUCAUAAAAGUGCGAUCUAUUCUAAUCUCUCGAUGAAAACUAGAAGAGUGCUACGCGUGUCACAUAAU